CGCGCGCCCUCCUCGCCGCCGCCGCCCUCCGGAGACCCCGCCGCGCGCCCCCUUCCCGGCGCGCCCCGCGCGUCCCGUGACCCCGUGCGCGGGGUCGGCUCGGGGUCGACGCGGGGGUCAGGCGGGCGGCUCGGGAGCCAUGCGGAGGGGCGAGCGCAGGGCCGUCGGGGGGUCGCGGCCGGGGUCCCCCGAGCCCGCACGCUGGGCCGCGCCCCGGGAGCCGCUGGGCCGCCGCAGCACCGAGUCCGAGGUCUACGACGACGGCACCAACACCUUCUUCUGGCGCGCCCACACGCUCACGGUGCUCUUCAUCCUCACCUGCGUGCUGGGCUACGUGACUCUGCUGGAGGAGACGCCGCAAGACACGGCCUACAACACUAAGAGAGGUAUUGUGGCCAGUAUUUUGGUUUUCUUAUGUUUUGGAGUCACACAAGCUAAAGACGGGCCAUUUUCCAGACCUCAUCCAGCCUACUGGAGGUUCUGGCUGUGUGUGAGCGUGGUGUACGAGUUAUUUCUCAUCUUCAUCCUCUUCCAGACUGUGCAAGAUGGCCGGCAGUUCCUGAAAUAUGUUGACCCCAAGCUGGGGGUCCCACUGCCUGAGAGGGACUAUGGGGGCAACUGCCUUCUCUACGACCCAGACAACGAGACUGACCCCUUCCACAACAUCUGGGACAAGAUGGACGGCUUCGUGCCUGCACACUUCAUUGGCUGGUACCUGAAGACGCUGAUGAUCCGGGACUGGUGGAUGUGCUCCAUCAUCAGCGUCAUGUUCGAGUUCCUGGAAUACAGCCUGGAGCACCAGCUGCCCAACUUCAGCGAGUGCUGGUGGGACCACUGGAUCAUGGACGUGCUGGUCUGCAACGGGCUGGGCAUCUACUGUGGGAUGCAGACGCUCGAGUGGCUGUCCCUGAAGACCUACAAGUGGCAGGGCCUCUGGAACAUCCCCACCUACAAGGGCAAGAUGAAGCGCAUCGCCUUCCAGUUCACACCCUACAGCUGGGUGCGCUUCGAGUGGAAGCCCGCCUCCAGCCUGCGCCGCUGGCUCGCCGUGUGCGGCAUCAUCCUGGUGUUCUUGCUGGCGGAGCUCAACACCUUCUACCUGAAGUUCGUGCUGUGGCUGCCCCCCGAGCACUGGCUGGUGCUGCUGCGCCUCGUCUUCUUCGUCAACGUGGGCGGCGUGGCCAUGCGGGAGAUCUACGACUUCCUGGAUGACCCGAAACUGCACAAGAAGCUGGGCCAGCAGGCCUGGCUGGUGGCGGCCAUCACGGCCACGGAGCUGCUCAUCGUGGUCAAGUACGACCCGCACACGCUCACGCUGUCGCUGCCUUUCUACAUCUCCCAGUGCUGGACGCUCGGCUCUGUGCUGGCGCUCACCUGGACAGCCUGGCGAUUCUUCCUGCGGGACAUCACGCUGCGUUACAAGGAGACCCGGCGACAGAAGCAGCGGAGCCGGGGAGACGAGGGCGGGGUGGGCAACGGCGAGGGGCACCUGUCCGGCCCGGAGGGGUCUCUGGGGCCCGAGGCCUCCGAGGGUGAGGGUGUGCCGGCUCCUCACUGAGCGCAGCCCCCGCCCGAGGGAGCCCCGCCAGUCCACCAAGGUCUCCUCCCAGCCAGCUGAGGUGGCCGGUUUAGGAGUGUGCCCCCACCACCCUCAGGCCUGGCCCUGAAGGGGAGGUGCCGUGGCCACCCCCAGGGCCCAGGGCAUUCAUGCCGGGCAGCCCGAGAGAGGAGUCUAGGGCCCCCCAGACAGCUGGGAGAGGUGGGGCCAAGCUGUCAGCUGUCUCCCCACCCGAGAGCAAAGAACAAAUCACACGCAUUGGACCAGUGACCAGUGUGCUGCCACUCCACUCGGCCACAGAGGCAACAAAUAAAGCCGUGGUUGAGCCCA